AUGGUGUUUAUUGUUCGUGAGAAGGCAUAUGAUGGAGUGUCCAAGAAGAUUUUGUGGAGGUGUUUGGAGGCUAGUAGGGUGUCUGUGGCUUACAUUAAGUCGAUUCAGGACAUGUAUGAUGACGCGAAGAUUCGUGUUAAAACGUUAGGUGGAGAUUCUGAGCACUUUUCGAUUUUGAUAGGUUUGCAUCAAAGAUCGACUCUUAGCCCUUUUUUAUUUGCCUUGGUGACGGAUGCGUUGACGUGGCAUAUUCAGGGAGGGGUACUCUGGUGUAUAUUAUUUGCAGAUGAUGUGGAGACUGAUGUGGUUGUGAAGCUGGAUUCUCAGGCUAUUCAGAAGAAGGAAAGUUUCAAGUAUUUAGGGUCUAUAAUUCAGGGCGAUGGUAAGAUUGACAAAAAUUUCACGCAUAGUAUUGGGGCAGGGUGGUUGAAAUGGAGGCUUGAUACGGGAGUUUUACGUGAUAAGAAGGUGGCGAAGAUGAUGAUGUUGCGGUGGCUGUGUGGUCAGAUCAGGAAGGAUAGGGUGAGGAAUGAGACUAUUCCAGAAAAUGUGGGUUUGGUUUUGGUGGAGGAUAAGAUGCAAAAAGUAAGGUUAUAUUGGUUCAGGCACAUGAUGAGGAGGGGUGCUGAUGCGCCAGUGUGGAGGUGUGAGACAUUGGCUACAGAUGACUUUAGGUAG